AUUCGGUUCCUCACAUGUGUAGCCUUACUAUAUACUCAAAACUAAGAAUAUAUGUAUCUUAUUUUCGAAACCAAGAUGCUUUCUAAAUUCCAACGUUUCAUAGUUUAUACGAAAUUCCAAACCUAACAACACAAGCAAUCUUCUCUUUUUUUCACCAUAGUAAGAUUGAAAAACAACGCUAUAAAAACUUAUCUACGUAUACAAAGAUAUUGUGACACAAUGAGUACUGCCAUUGGAGUUUCAGGUUUGGCUCAUUUGUUUGGCAUCGUCUCCAUCAUACUCUUGCUUGUUUGGUUGUUGCACUAUCGCGAAGGGAUCGACUAUGAUUCCGACGACGGACUUCGCGUCUUCAAUGUGCAUCCUUUGAUGAUGUUCUUGGGAUUUAUUUUCCUUGUUGGUGAAGGUGUAAUGGCGUUCCAAACUGUACCGAACCAAAGACCUAUACCAAAGUUUGUUCAUAUGACAUUGCACUUGAUAGCUAUUGUUCUUGGCAUAGUUGGUCUGUGUGCCGUUUUCAAGUUCCAUAGUAUGCGGAACAUUGCCGACGUUUAUAGCCUUCAUUCAUGGAUUGGCAUUGGAACGUUCUGCUUGUUUGGUUUGCAGUGGAUAUUUGGUUUUGUAACUUUCUUGGUUCCUGGAGCACAAGGUCCAACAAGAGCAAGAGUGCUUCCAUGGCAUAGAGCUGGUGGUAGAGUGCUACUUUUUAUGGCAAUAUGUGCUGCAGAAACAGGAUUGAUGGAGAAGUCUGGUUUCUUAAAUCUAAAACCAUAUCAGAGGGAAACUAAUUUGGUCAACUUUCUAGGUCUUACAAUUCUCUUGUUUGGUGUAUUUGUUAACAUGUCUGUUGGUAUUCGUUAAUUAGUUUGACAUAAAUGCAUUUUGUAUUAGAAAUUCUAUUUGUCAAAUGCAAUAAGAGAAUCUUUGCUCA